AUGUCAGAUUCCGACCCAACAGUCUCCCUCCGCCCCAGCGGCAGUCAAGCAGCGCCCACCCUCACCGGUGUCUUCAGCUACCCGCCUCCCUCCGUCCCACCCGUCGCCAACGCACCCUACAUGCAAUCCUCCCGCCUGCCCGAGAACUUCGUCUUCAUCGUCGUCGGCGCCGCCCUGGGAUUCAUCAUCCUCAUGAUCUUCGUCUGGCGCUUGAUGUCGUCCUGGGCCAUGAAUCGCAAUUCCAAGAAGGUCGCCGCCACAGCUGGCGGUACGGCCAUGAACUAUACUCCUCUGCCGGACAUGAAGAAGCACAGCAAUAACGGACCUGCUGCGGCGCAAUCAGGGCACGACAUGGCAGACCUGAGCAAGCUGCCGAGGAGCUUUUCGAGCGUGCCGAGCUUGUUCUUCAGCCCGACGGCGGAAGCGGCGAGGCAGAGUCAGCGGCCGCCGAGUAGGCAUUUGCCGGCGGGACAUUAUAGGGACGUGUCGGAUCCGCCGAGACGGUAG